ACAUUGAAGUUCACUGCACUGUGCAUGCUUCGGAUCGGAAGGCUACGUCUUUACGUCUAUGGGAAAACAAAUUCAAGAUGGCAGCCUCCAUGAGCAUGAUGAGUGUCAGAGUAGCUGCUGCUAUUUCAAGGAGUUCAAGCCAUGCUAGAGGCUUGCGGCACGUGCGCCACAGACUCCAGCAAGAUGUGAUUUGCAGCUUCCAUUGCCAAGCGUCAAUCUCCGACUCCCAGCAAGGCAGCAGAUCUGUCUUCACCAGCCCAGGGUAUUUGCAGAGUAGAAGCUUCUCAAGCAUUACAGGCCAGGUCAGUGAUGAACCAGCUGAAGAAACAGUAGCAGAGGAAGCUAUGGUAGUGCAAGAGAGACCCAAAGACUAUCUAGCCUGGAAGCCAGUGGACGAUGUCUACCUCCACAUGCACUACCCACCACAGCUGAAAUCAUUCCAUGAGGCUAUGGAGAUACUGAGGAAGCAAGACACCUGGAUGUUUUGUCGUCGGCGGAACAAAUACGCCGACCGCACGGUCACCAUUUCAGUCAAUCUGGACAUGGCCCUGAAGAAGAAGAAAUUAGUGGAUCCAUUCCAGAGUAUGCUGAUACUGCCACAUGCUUUCAAGCCAGACAACACAGUACUCUGCUUUGCAAGGGGUUCAGACGCACAAGUUGCUAUAGACGCCAGGGCAGACAUAGUCGGGGGUGAAGAAUUGGUCCCCAAGGUUCUCUCCAAAGAAGUCAAGGACUUUGAUUACUGCGUGUCGUCCCCAGACAUGAUGGCGGAGCUGGCACCUCUGAGGCAGUUGUUGAGGAAGAGGUUCCCAAACUCAAAAAGAGGAUCGGUUGGGCUGGAUCUCCCAAGCAUGAUACACAGAUACAAGAAAGGACAAGAGUAUAAGUGUCAGAUUAAGGGCAAACAUGUCAACGUUGCAAUUGGCAAGCUGAGCCUCACCAAUGACCAGCUUGAAGAGAACAUGCAGUGUAUCAUCACUGACAUCUGCAAGCAUAAGCCACCAGAGUUUGGACCUUUUGUCACCAAGUUGACGAUCAAUGCUUUCCUCCUGGAUGGAGUGCGCAUCAACUUCGAGAAAUACCUCCCAGCACCAGUAGACGAACUUGAAAGUGUGGGAUUGAGCUCUGAACAGGAGAAAGUUAUACUUUGACUUUAGGGUAGAGUUUACAUUUAAAAUGAUGGUUUAAGUUUAUUGUAUCUAUUUCAUGGCUCACGUAACAGCGCCAAUUCAUUUCGUCUUGACGAAGAAUGACAAAACAUUCUUACAUUGCCCAGAUUAAUUGAUCUAAAAUGUCAGGUGCUAAGUGUUGCUGUUCUGUCUUUUGGUCAUGUGAUUUCUGUGCCUGGGGCAUUCAAGUGGCCAGACCUAACAAGCAUAUGAGAGGCCACAGUUUCCCUUUCUAAGCAUCUGGGGUGAAAUUUAUCAGGAUUUGUCCUUACUUUAGGAUUUUCCUCAGGAUUUUCUGAUUUCGAGAUUUUUCAAAUGAUCUCUUUGAAAAUCUUCAGAAUCCCAACUUUACCAUUAAGGUGCUUUUACAUAUAAAAGUUACAUUUACUAGAAAUGGGUGUUCUAAGGGGUGCCUUAGGCAGGUAAAAGUGUAUUCGAUACACCCAACACUGCUGUAUGGUUAUCAUUUCAUGGAUUGUUCUGUUUCCUCCAAUCACACCCCCCCUCAUGCAUGCAUGACCAGUUAGCAAUUGGAAAUGGAUAAAUGAUAUGGCCUAUCUUCAGACAAAAAAAACUUUUCAAAAGCUCAUCUUUGUAUUUUAAUACACUUAUUCUCUGAUGUUGUCACUGUCCUUUGCAAAACACGUGUGUAAAUAAAAUUCAUGAAGAAACAGAAA